UUGGUGCACGAGUGUACAUAUAGCCACGGUUCUGUCUGUCCUGUUUUCACGAGUGAAGAUGACGAAUAAAUCUGAAUAUGCAUUGAAUUUUUGCAAUGCUAUUUUGAUGGCGAUUGGCAUCGGCUUCAUUGGCGUGGCAUCGUUCACUUUGUUGAAAUAUAAGCCUCUGGGGGCGGUCAUCAGUCCGGUGAUCAACGAGGCAUAUUGCGUCCUGGGUUUCGGGUGCAUCUUGGUGGUCCUUGGGAUCGUUGGCGUGACCGUCUUGGGGUGCAACAUCAGCAGCGGUGACAAGCAUUACCGGCGAGGUUGCUGCUGGAAUUUUACGCUCAUUGCUACAGUGGUGCUGAUGGUGACGUUAGCUGUAACAGAGCUGACUGUGGGUUUGCUGCUCUUCACGCCUGAAGCGGUCAACUCCCAAGUAUGCGACGUCAUGAAUAAAACCUUCAAUGAGUACAAUACUGAGAAUUCGAAUAGCACACAAUAUUUUGACACCGUUGAACAAGAGCUGAAGUGCUGCGGCGUGAACGGCUACAUGGAUUGGCAAGCCUUACGCAAUUCCAGUGACGUGACCCAAGGCUGCUGUACGAACACUACAGCACCAGGGUGCUAUAAGGACAUCACAAGCCUUGAUAUCACACAGAUCAAGAACAAGAUCUACACCAGAGGCUGCUAUGAGGCCUAUAAAGAAAGUCUACAUGGCGUAUCUAUGGUCACGACCGUCUUCUUCUACGCAGCUGCUGCGAUGUUGGUUCUGACGAGCAUAACGUGUGUGACCAAUUUGGUCGUCAACUGCUGCAUUGAAGUAGAAGAUGAACCAGAUUUCGGUUUUUACAAAAGAGAAGAAACUACACCCAUGACAGGAGUCAAUUCAGCCAGCAGCACAAACUCACGCUAUAGGUCAUGAUCCUGACAUUCGUUAGACGGAAAGUGGGUGCAGUUCAAAAUUGCCUUGUUUGUUUAUGGCCUCUUUUUUUCAGCGGCAUUGGCCCACAAAAUAUGAUGAUGACCUUGCACUCAAUGAAAAAGUUAUUAUAAAAAUCCCAAAAAGUUGAUUUGUUGACUCCCAAAUUGCAAGUUUACUAAUGAAUAAUGAACUGUGGCAUUUUUUGGCUUCUUUGGCGAGUGGAUUUGGCCGUUAUCUCCUGCCACCAUUUGGCAACCCUGCAGUUGGCAAAUCUGUUGCAGCAACGUUCAACACGUCAGUCGAGGCAUCGGCACAGCACAACAUGGAGAACUCACGUCUUGUUGUGAUAUCUACUGGGGCAAAUAACACUGUGAAAAAUUCCAGUUCAAGUAAAAUGCAGGCAUGCAUUUCAAUAUGUAAACAAAUUAUUUCACCAAAAUUAUUCGUCACCUUCAAGAAAUUUAGAGUUUAAAUGUUGCAUGUUGAUGCGCAGCCUUGACUGCACGAACUUUGCGCUUAAUUUGUAUAUCAUUCAUUUUGUAAUAGAUAAACAUCUAAAUUGUUAUUAUUUCGUAAGAUAUUCAAUGCAUGUUAUGUAUUCAAGGCAAACAAAAAGUUAGUUGAAAUGUCGAGCUGAUGCUUAAUUUUAGUUUAGUUUCUAUUUUUUUCUCUGCUGUGGGGGAUGAAGUUUUUUGAUCAAAUUUUCGUAACCACAAAGAGGUUUUGUUUAGACACUGGAUGUAUGGUUCCCAUUCUUACACUGUGAAACACACGAAUAGUGCUGCAACAUAGGUACGCGAACACUUGUGGGUUAAUGUACGAUUCAACUUUUAAUUUUCAUUCCACAUAAAAUAUUUACGCCUAACACUUGAGAAUCUGAUGAUGAUUCGCAACUUUAGCCACCCGACGCUCACCUGGUUGUACAUCUUUAAAUUUAAUAAUUUAAAUCUUGCGUGUUAUUAACUCGCUGACUAUUAGCGCAUUGAAUGAGGUAUAAUAAUAAUAAUAAUGCAUAUUUGCGGCAUUUGUGUACUAUUAGUGGUACGCGGCCACGGUUAGGGAUCUCUGGAUAGGUACUGAUAAGGUGCAGAGGUUCGGAUGACUUAUCAAUUAAAGUAAAUAAAAGACACCACUCUUCUGCAGUAUAGGCACUCUGGCUCACAACAAGAUAAAGAAGGUUCUGGAACCUUUUAUUUACUUGAAAACAAUGAGGUACUUGUCUGGUACCAGAACUGCUAUACAUCUUAAUCUAUCAUUGCGUGAUUUACAUGAGAACUCUCGACAUUUAUUUAGGCUUAAAUCCAAAAUGAUAUUAUCACAGGCAAAGGAAAUUUGGGUUAUUCUUAUAAGUAAACACAAUGAAUGCACGUCCUCUUCCAUGUGACUAAUAAUUAUAUUUCGACUUUUAAUUAAUUUGCACAACGAAAAUAUUAUUGCCACCAUUGAUUAAAUUUUCUUUUAUCUUGCUGUCAUAGAGUAUUUGUUCAGAUUGACGGCUGACUAUGCUAUUUGGCAUCAAUUCGAAUGUUGACAAAACUGUAGCUAUUUAAAGUGAAACAGCCAUUUCUCUUUGAUGGUUGAGUGGACCUCGCCUUAUGAUGUCAAAGUCAUAGAUGUUAACUAGCAUGAAAAGUUCAGAGAAUUGAAAAGCUAUCAAAUAUCACUUAACGGAAUUUGUAUAAUUAUGAAUGUUAAAUAAUGCUCUUUUAGCUAUUAUGGUGUUCAAUUGUUAGAAUGUUAUACAGUACUGGUGAGCUUAUCUAAGUCUCAGUCUAAUGACCAAUGGAGUUAUCCUACUGAACAAAAAUUCACUUAAUAUAAGUAGUGUUCUAACAACUGUAAUUCAAUAAUGCAAUUCUUCGACGUAUUAUUUAACCAGCAGGAGGCAGGUCGCUAAAUUGCCGAGGAAUUUCUAAGCACCUAAGUGAAAGAAAUGAAACUAUUAUCCUAAGAUGAUAGAUUUUUAUUUUUUUUGUGAUGCAUAGGGCAUUUUGCAUUUCGCGAUGACACAGUUGUUAUUCAUGUCUUAUUUGUUACGAUGCUCUGUUUGAUGAUUUUGAAACCUUUGUGAUUCUAAUGUCAUGCCAUACUAUAGUUUUAUUCAUAAUCGCUCUGAUCAGUGCUUUCCAAUAUUGCGAAGUAUAUAAUCAAAAAAUAAUGUUUAAUAAGAUAUGUAAGAUGAAUACU